UGGCUCGCUGCACAACGUUCAGACUCCCUUGUAUGUAAACAUCUCGCGCGGGAGAGUGACGCCUUUGCGAACUUCUUGAUGGGAUUUUCUGCCUCAAACAUCUGCAAUUAAUGCCUGUAAUAUGUCAACGUACCAAGUAAGGUCACUAGAGGAGGCAGACCAGAUAAUUCGGGAGCAUGAGAGGAAGACCAAGACCACAUACGCCCUCCUGAGGUCUACCAAGAAUUUCGGCUGCAUUGAUGUUCCAGCAUGUGCUAAUGACGAAAAUGAGGUCCGAUUUGAAACUGUGGGUGUCCCAUAUUGCGGUGUGCCUUUUUUUGUGGCAGGACUUAAAAUUCUUCAGUGCCAGUCAUAUAGAGGAAGAGGAGGCAGAAAGAAAAAGGAGAUAAAAAUUGAGCUGACUGGCUCAGGAGCAGGUGUGAUUGGCGAGGCUGGUGUGGGAGAUGCUGGAGGAGAUGAGGAAGACCCCUUGGAAACAAAGCCGAUGGUUAAGAAAAAGAAGAAAGCUGGCCGAGCCCAUAAGGUUGGGUGUACUGCCACCAUCAUCAUGAAGGAAGUCAUAUAUUACCCUGAGUUCCAGCUUUUUGAACAUUCAAAAAAUAAUCGCAUAGCUGUUGCACGGCAGCUCAAAGAUGCAUUGAAGUCAAAGGCUCCUGUGCAGAAGGAUCGCAUAAUUUAUGUGACAGUACCAGCAAUGUCUGACCAUUUUGGUCACUCUGUUGGACUGCCGGGAACAAAGAGGCUGUUUGUGAAAAAUGAUUUCUAUGGUCAUAAUGAACCAGGUUCAAGCAAGCGAGUCUAUUAUCCUGUCAAGCAAGAGAAACUAAAUGUGCCACAGUUGACUAAACGUAUGAAAGUAGACGAAGAUGACACUGAGGCUAGAGCCAAGGAAGUGCGCGAGAUGUUGCAAAGUAUCAUGGGACUUACUUACAAGCAACCUGGAACAACUGAAGCAUACUGUCAACUUUAUAAAGACUUGAUGCAAGCCAAGCUUAAGUAUCAGCAGACAAUGGACACAUUACUUGGAGGUGCCCAUGUUACACAAAUCCAUGUAGUAGAUGGAUUAGUAGGACAGAAUGGAGAUAACCAAGAAGUAGGUCAUGGUGAACGAAAUGAAGAUUCAUGGUCAGUAGCCAGAACAGAUGUAGUAGUGACUACUACUGCAGGACCUUCAGCCACUCUGCCUCCUGUCUCGUCCGUCACCACUACCACAACCAUCGCAGCUGCAGCUCAGGUUCAGCAGAACCCCACUGUGGCUACAACAGCCACCACAACUGCUGAUGGCAAUAAUCAGGAAACUAGUAUCUUCAUUGAGGCUAUGGAAGCUAUUCUUAAUUCACAGAUGUAAAAUUUGACUUGACAGAAUGUUUAUAACUAGAUUUUACACAUAUUCAUGAAUUAUGGGCAAAAUCACUAUAGGCUUUUGUCAUUUAUUACAGAAUUGGUGUUAAUUUAGCAUUGUCAUCAUCAUCAUUAACUAGAUUUCUUACUUUCAUAAGGUUGGAAGGCACUUGUCCAGAAAGGAUGAAAACUGUGUUUGGUAAAGAAGAUAAAGAUAUUCAUAUUAACCAGUCUUAAAUGUUCCUCACAUAUUUUCUUCAUUAACUGUCUUUCUGUAAAUAUGUAUCUAAUCUACACAUUUUAUUAUUAUUAUCACACUGGCCGAUUCCCACCAAGGCAGGGUGGCCCGAAAAAGAAAAACUUUCACCAUCAUUCACUCCAUCACUGUCUUGCCAGAAGGGUGCUUUACACUACAGUUUUUAAACUGCAACAUUAACACCCCUCCUUCAGAGUGCAGGCACUGUACUUCCCAUCUCCAGGACUCAAGUCCGGCCUGCCGGUUUCCCUGAACCCCUUCAUAAAUGUUACUUUGCUCACACUCCAACAGCACGUCAAGUAUUAAAAACCAUUUGUCUCCAUUCACUCCUAUCAAACAUGCUCACGCACGCCUGCUGGAAGUCCAAGCCCCUCGCACACAAAACCUCCUUUACCCCCUCCCUCCAACCUUUCCUAGGCCGACCCUACCCCGCCUUCCUUCCACCACAGACUGAUACACUCUUGAAGUCAUUCUGUUUCGCUCCAUUCUCUCUACAUGUCCGAACCACCUCAACAACCCUUCCUCAGCC